AUGGAAGGUAAAAGGUUAAACCCCAUCGAUACUUCUUCGGUUCAUGCUUGCUCAAUCAAUUAUAUUCGUGAUAUGAACUUGAAAAGUUUAAUAGCGCGGAAAAAACUUCAUCUUGUUCUGGAUCUAGAUAACACCCUCCUUCAAACAAGAGCGAUGCGAAAUCUAACCCUAUAUGAUCGUGAAUAUUUGGAACGUCCUGGUACUCAAAGAUGGCUCGAGGAAGGAAAAUUGAUUAGAUGGGGCAAGGGAAAAGAUCAAUGGCUGACCAAAUUAAGGCCCAACAUUCGCAACUUCCUAGAAGAAGCAAGCAAACUGUUUGAUUUUUCAAUAUUUACACUAGGAGAUCGUACGUAUGCAAAGAAAAUGCUAGAUAUUCUUGAUCCCAAGGGAUUAUAUUUUGCACAUUCAGAUGUAAUUACUAAAGAAGAUUGCAUCACACCGAUGAAAAAGGGGCUUAAUCUUGUAUCGUCACAUGACAGAGUUAUUUUGAUAGUUGACGACAUAGAAGAAUUCUGGGACAAUGAUUCUAAAAACUUGAUCAAAAUUGCUCCGUAUGAGUUCUUUGAUGACGAUAAAAGGUCUUGGUCCAGACGAUUUGCAGAUGAAAGUGAGAAAUAUGGAGAAUUAGCAAGGGUUUUGAGAGAACUUAAAAAAAUUCAUAGGGAAUUCUAUAGUACGGAGAAAGGAGAUAUGGACGGACUCCAUUAUGAAAGUCGAGAUGUAAGAAAAGCGAGAGAUGAGGUGCAAAGGAAGUUUCAAAUGAUCGGGACUGUCACCGGUAGUGAAAUGGAGCUAAUAUUAAUUAGUUUGGGUUACAAAUAA